AUGGAGACUAUCAGGAACACACUCGCAGAGAACAUGGGCGGUGCCCUCCACAACCUCGCCCGGGAAGACCAAAGAUUUGACAUUGAGAAGGAUAUCCCAGAUCUAUCUGGCAAGGUUGCAGUGGUAACAGGUGGUUCAGAAGGUAUUGGAUACGCAACAUCUUUCAUGCUGCUCAAGAACAACCUUCAGAAGCUCUAUAUCCUGUCUCUUCGACAAGAAGUCUUCGAUGGUGCGCUGCAAGAUAUCACAGAGAAGUUGGGAGCUGAUGCAGCUCGACGGGUGACCUUCAUCCAGUGUGACACUGGAGAUCUGACAGGCGUGACAAAGGCUGCGAAGGAGAUCAGCGGAUCUACAGAUAGACUUGAUAUCCUUGUCCUUAACGCUGGAAGAGGUAUCAUGACCUACCAGGUUACCGAGGACACCCAGAUAGACAGACAUAUGAUGGUCAACCACGUCGGACACGUCACAUUGACAUCACAUCUCCUCGGUCUGCUCAAGAAGACUGCUGAGAAGGGCACAGUACGCAUCCAGCUCCAGUCAUCCAACGCUCACGAAGGAGCACCAAAAGAUACCAAGUUCGAGAGCAUCGAAGAGCUUAACCAGGAUCUCGGACCACAGGGACAGUACGGACGCUCUAAGCUCGCAAACCUUCUUUACGCUAGAUACCUCGAUGCCCAUCUACACAAGGAGAACUCUAAAAUUCUCAUCAACGCCACUCACCCUGGUUUUGUAGAGACCAAGAUGUCAACAGAUGAUAUUCACGAGCCAUAUCCAGUUGCUGGUGCUCUUAUGUCCGUCGGCAUGAAGCCAUUGAAGAAGGAUCAGUGGGAGGGUGCUACAAGCACUUUGUUUGCUGCCACAAAGACAGACAGAAGUGGAGAAUAUAUCUGCCCACCUGCUAUUGUUGAACCUGGUAGCGAGCUCGCGAGGAACGCACAGCUCGGUGAGCAGCUGAUGAAAUUGACGAGAGACAUUGUGAAGACGAAGUAUGGUGCUCAGAGUGUUGAUAAGGGAUGCCCUCUGAAGGAUUACUAG